AUUAUUUUAAUUUAUCAGUCUCUGCCUCUGCUUCGCUUCCUCAUCUGUGUUCCCAGCCAGCUCUUUCGCUCCCUCAAAGUUCUCAGAGACAAACAUGGCACGGCUGUCUUUGGUUUCAUGCUUACUGUUUUUGCUGAUCAGCUGGGCCGCCGCCACCGGAGGAUCUAGCUUUGAAGAUUCCAACCCCAUCAGAUUGGUAUCCGACGGCCUUCGUGAAUUCGAGUCUCAAGUCCUCCAAGUCAUCGGCAACACUCGCCAUGCCCUCUCCUUUGCUCGCUUUGCUCACAGGUAUGGGAAGAGGUACGAGACGGUGGGGGAGAUGAAGCUCCGAUUUGAGAUAUUCUCAGAGAAUCUGAAGCUGAUUAAAUCCACCAACAAGAAGGGCUUGCCUUACACUCUUGCUGUGAAUCACUUUGCUGAUUGGUCAUGGGAAGAGUUUAGGAGACACAGAUUGGGAGCCGCUCAAAACUGCUCUGCCACCACAAAGGGCAAUCACAAGCUUACUGAUGUUCUUCUUCCUGAAAAGAAAGACUGGAGAGAAGAGGGCAUAGUAAGCCCAGUUAAAGAUCAAGGCAAAUGUGGAUCUUGCUGGACAUUCAGCACCACUGGAGCACUUGAGGCAGCUUAUAAACAAGCAUUUGGAAAGGAAAUCUCUCUCUCUGAGCAGCAGCUUGUGGAUUGCGCCAGAGCUUUCAACAACUUUGGCUGCAAUGGUGGGUUGCCAUCCCAAGCCUUUGAAUAUAUUAAGUACAACGGAGGCAUUGAGACCGAAGAAGCAUAUCCUUACACUGCAAAAAAUGGCGUGUGCAAGUUCACAUCAGAAAAUGUUGCUGUCCAAGUCCUCGAUUCUGUCAAUAUUACUCUGGGUGCUGAAGAUGAAUUAAAGCAUGCAGUUGGAGUUGUUCGGCCAGUGAGUGUGGCCUUCGAGGCGGUGAGUGGUUUUCGGUUUUACAAGGAAGGAGUCUACACCAGCGAUACAUGUGGCCGUGAUCCCUUGGAUGUGAACCAUGCUGUCCUGGCAGUUGGGUAUGGAGUCGAAAACGGUGUCCCAUACUGGCUCAUCAAGAACUCAUGGGGAGAAAGCUGGGGUGACAAUGGCUACUUUAAAAUGGAGCUGGGAAAGAACAUGUGUGGUGUUGCAACUUGUGCAUCAUACCCUAUUGUCGCUUAAGUAUGAUUUGGAAGAAACAGUUGAAAUUUGGUGGCUUUCACCGCUUUCAGUCUGAGUGUAAUAAACCAGCUUCUGAGGUGAUGGGUCAUGGUUGAUGGAGCUAUAUGAUUUAGGCUUGAUGUUAAAAAUAAGAUACUAAAUAUUUAUCUCCGCUGUACUUUGAGAUGUAGUAGUCCAUCGUACGGUGGAGGGUCAGAAUUUAGGUUUUAUAUAAAAAAUAAGAUCCAGCAUUGUGUGCUUAUUUAUUAUUGUAAUUUGUAAUUGAAAUAUAUGGGCGAUAGACCAUGUGUAGAUAAAUGAUAAUAGUAGGAACAUUACAGACA